AUGGCACAACUGGAAAACGCAACUCCUACCAUCUAUGAAGUGAAAAAGAGCACUCACCGGGUCAAACAAAAUGACUUGGAUGAAAAUAUAGAGGAUCCGAUUGAUUCCGAGGAGAUUUUCGACCUACUCAGCGACAUUAACGACCCCGAACAUCCCUACACAUUGGCCCAAUUGAAUGUCGUACAAGAAGAAUUGAUUACCGUUGAGAAAAGCGAACGAGAGACGGUGAUCGACGUCAAAUUUACACCCACAAUUCCCCAUUGUUCGAUGGCAACUUUGAUUGGAUUGGCGAUUCGAGUGAAGUUGCAACGAUCUCUACAUCCGACUGUUAAGCUUCUCGUUUCGAUCACCCCUGGCGCGCACGAUUCCGAGUUGACAAUUAAUCGACAAUUGGCUGAUAAGGAACGAGUUGCGGCAGCUAUGGAAAAUCCUGGAUUGAUGCAAGCUGUAAAUCAAUGUCUACGUGCUCCCGAA